AUCGCUACUUCUCGCCAACCCCAUCACUACUACACCCCCACCGCACCGCCACGUUGGCUUCCCCUACAUUCCAACAUGUCCAAUCAAAACCACGCCUCGUCAAAUCCCAAUCCUAGUCCCUCGGCCGCCGCCGAGGGACCCGCCGCCCCCGGCAGCUAUAGGCCAUCUCCUUCUCCCAGCGCCAUGACGUCCUCGCAGCAAGUCUCGCUGCGAGGACAGUCUACUUUCCGAUCCACCGUGGUCAAGUGGUGGGCCUGACGUGACUUCCGCUGAAAUGCCUGAGCGAACCAAUGGGAGCUCAGGUCGGUACGAGCCUGUGAGAGGGGACGUGCCGCCACUACAAACGCAAUCAGCACAUGGUCAAGAUGAUCCGCAGCGCCGCUUUAUGAACGCAUCUUUAGGGGGGCAAAAAGCCGCCAUGCCUCCUUCUCCGCCUUCUACGGUUGAUGAAGACGAAGGAAGCACAGCGGGCGAUUUGACGGAGCAGGCCGGACGUAUGCAGGUGCGCAGCCAAGUAGAGGAGGACGAGGAGCUGGAUGAAAUUGAGGAGGAGGAAGGACAGAGCGAUGACGAUGACGACUUCGAUGACGAUGGCGCAGCGUCCCAAGCCUCAUCUUACGCACCGGCCUCUGUCUCCUCGUCCACGGUCCACCAACUCACGGCCGCCGCCACAGCGAUUGCGAGCACGCGCGGCGCCUCGCCGCCAUCUGCUGCGCAAGGAAAGAAUGCAGGAUCGGUCCAGCAUCCCCACCCUUCGACGUACCGCUCGCCUGGAUCGUCGUUCUCCAGCAACGCCUCUUCACUGCAGCGUCUCACCAAUCCGCGCGCAACCAGCAUCGCAGCCGCAAUGUCGCGCCUACCGGACACGCCCCUCCCAAGCGCGACGACAUCUCCGGCUUGCAUUGCCUCGCUCAGCCAUCACCCGACGCAGAGUGCGCAAGCCUUCUUCAGCACGAAGCUAUUCACCGACUUCCCUACAUCAAAGGGCAGCGAGGGAUUGGUCGGCGUGGCAGACGAUGCCGGCGUUGACCUCGCCUGUCCCGGAUGGGAAGGGGCUGUACUUGACCAAACCCGGCUUGGCGGUGGUCGUACGCUGUACACUCUUCUCCCUCCCAGCGCUCGCGCCGAGCGUUUGCGCGAGGACGUGCUCGCUCUCCUAGAUUUGGCGUCGGAGAAGCUCGGCUGCGGUGUCGUGGUCAUUGCGGUGGACAAGCAGGGAGUGACGGACGACGCGGAGCGCAAGGCUGUGCUCCACGGGCUGUGCUACGUUGGUGGGAGCGUGGUGAGUGCGCAUGGCGGCAAGGACCCGAUAUCCAGGUGUACGGUGAGGAGGGGGACCGCGCUCGUGGCGGUAGAACUCUAAGCGGGGGCGCUGUAGCCCUCGACAGCAUCGCACUCUUUCUCAACACCAACUCCCGUGUCACCCUGCUACUGCUUCUCUUUGUCCCGCUUCACGAUUCAAGUUGCGAAUCAAAUAACCACAUCUCAAUUGACAAAAACGAGUCCGUAGCAGAAAGCAAGCCGAGCCCUCACGCCAGCUCGGUGGUAUAGAGUUCCACUGGCCCCCGCCUCACGAGAUUUGAUGACCACAACGCGUGCAGAUCUUCUUCUUGUCGACGAGGAGGGCCAGAAGACCGCACGGGCAG